AUUACAGGCUGGAGUAAAAGUGUGUCCUGGAGGAGGAAAGUCCUGCCCUUUCUGCAAGAUUUCCUGUUUCACUAGAGCAAAAUGUAGUGACUCAACCCCACUGACUGACUGACUGUGUGACUGUUCACUUCAACGGCAUGAGAUCAGUCCGGAUCUGAUCAAACACCAGCAGCGGGAUCAUAUUCGUAUUAAUGCGACGGCUCGGAUCGCGUCUGUGAUGGAUCUACAUCGCCUUUCUUCGCUUUGUUGGGGAACAUUUGUCAUCUCUACGGUUCUUAUGGUUCGCGGCGGAGUCGGUGAGUUUGACGUUCUUACGCUCCUCGCGUGUGCAGGUGGGAUGGAUCCUUUACAGAAUUCGUUUCAUCUCAAUCAGUUGUGUAUGUUCUGUGACACAAAGCCAUCCACCUGCAAUGGUACGGACGCUUGUGGAAGCAGCUGCAACCUCACGUCCAUCUGUGAAAAGCCAGAUGAGAUCUGCGUGGCUAUCUGGAGGACAAACGAUAGCAGCAACACUAUCGAGACAAUGUGUCACUGCCCCUCUAAACCUAUCUAUGGCAUCAUGUUGGACGACUACAACAACACAAAGUGUGAGAUGAAAGCGCGAAUAUCGAACACCGGCCCAAUUCACAUCUGCUCCUGCAAUGAGGAAGAGUGCAAUAACGAUCUGCUAUUCACCACACCUUUGUCUCCAGGAAUAGAGCCCACCAAUAACCAGGUGGUGUUGGUGAUCCUGGUUAGUUUACUGCCUCUGCUGGUUCUGGCUGUGCUGGUCAUCGCCUCUUUCUACUGGUAUCGCAUCUACCGUCGCCGAAAACUUGACGAGUGGAAGACCAAAAAGCAGUCCAAACGCAAGGGCCCGAAAAGCCCUCUGGACUGCAGCGACGCUUGUGCCAUCAUGAUGGACGACGACCGUUCGGAUAGCAGCUCCACGCAUGCCAACAACCUCAAUCAUAACACAGAUCCUCUCCCCAUUGAGUUGGACCUGCAAGUGGGCAAGGGCCGAUUCGCGGAAGUCUACAAAGCCAAGCUCAGGCAGAGUCCCUCCGAGCAGUUCGAGACGGUAGCGGUGAAGAUCUUCCCGUAUGAAGAGUACGCAUCCUGGAAAAACGAAAAAGAGAUCUUCUCAGACAUCGACCUGAAGCAUGAGAACAUUCUGCACUUUUUAACAGGCGAGGAGAGGAAGGUGGAGAAGCAGUAUUGGCUGAUCACCGCCUAUCACCCAUGGGGCAACCUGCAGGAGUACCUCACGCGCCACCUCAUCAGCUGGGAGGACCUGCGUGUGCUCGGGUGCUCGAUGGCACGGGGGGUGGCUCACUUGCACAGUGACCAUACCACCUGCGGGAGGCCCAAGGUGCCCAUCGUCCAUCGAGAUCUAAAGAGCUCUAACGUCCUGGUGAAGAACGACCUCACAUGUUGUCUUUGUGACUUUGGGCUCGCUCUUCGUCUGGACAACUCGCUGUCUGUGGAUGAAUUGGCCAACAGUGGACAGGUGGGUACGGCCCGGUACAUGGCCCCAGAAGUCCUGGAAUCAAGGAUCAACCUUGAGAACAUCGAGUCCUUUAAACAAACCGAUGUCUACUCUAUGGCACUGGUACUGUGGGAGAUAACCUCCAGGUGUAACGCUAUCGGAGAGGUGAAGGACUAUGAACCUCCGUUUGGAUCUAAAGUCCGAGAGCACCCCUGUGUGGAGAGCAUGAAGGACAAUGUGCUACGUGACCGGGGACGGCCGGAGAUCCCCAACAGCUGGAUGAAGCACCAGGGCGUGGCUACGGUGUGUGCCACCAUCAACGAGUGCUGGGACCACGACCCAGAGGCCCGACUCACUGCGCAGUGCGUGGCCGAGCGCUUCAACGAAAUGGAGGACGACCUAGACAAGCUGUCUACCUGCAGCAGCUCAGAGGAGAAGAUACUGGAAGAUUGUGCCGUGAGCAUGAGCGACGAUAAAUGAGAGAAAAACGUCAGGGCGUUUGGAGAUUAAGAGGCCAACACCUCUCCGUGCCAGCGUUUUUCACUUCUCUAAGAACUGCGAAAACUGAAUGUUUGGAUUUGGUAGUGAGGUGGAGCGAGGAAAUAUGAUCUUUUCAUAAAGCUUUACAUUUCAUAACCAAAGAUUUCAUGCACUUUAUCAGAUUUCUAAUGCAUAGCUCACACUGAGGAAGGUCACGCUGCCAUGCAAGAGGAGCUGGACAGACACUCGUAUUCUCCUCGUAUAGCUGACUGAGAGCCAGAGAUAAUCAGGAAAAAGUUUUGCCUCAACACUAUUCAUUCAUAGGAGAUUGUAAGCCGUGAUUUAUACAGAUCAAUUCAGGACUUUUUCGAUUCAUGAAAGAAUGUGUGAAAUGAAAGAUUUAAGCGUGUGUGCAUGUGUCAUUAUCAGUGCAAAUGUGUGUGUGUGUGUGUGUGUGUCUGUGUGCCAUUGCUUUCAGCAAGAAGUUUAUGGUGUUUUGUAAACCAAAGAGAAUAAGUGUUUUGUAAAUAUUUGUUUCUGAAAUAAAACCUGCCUACACUAUUAAAAGAGCCAAAAAGGGGAGAAUUGCUAUUAUAACAAAAAUAUGUAACAAUCAGUGUUUCGCAAUUCACAAAGUGCCUGUAAGUGUGUACACAUAUAUUGAAAAGUAUUGUGACACUUUUUGACUUUUAUACUUUAUGUGUAAUAUAUUGUAAAUCUUUAAUGAUUAAAAUACAUUUAUGUACAGUA